AUGCCUCCCAAAGCGAACCCGCGGCCCAUCAACGUCUACGCCAGAUGGCGCCCGUUCGUCCAGGCCGAAGAAGCCGCCGCCGCCGGCGAGAUCGAUCGGUCUACUAACCCCGCCGUCGGCGGCCAGACUUCUCUCCUGUCCGUCUCCAUCAACCGCCAGGACCGGCGGGCCGCCGGCGACCGCCCAUGGACCAGCGCGCCGGCGUUCAAGGCCGUGCUGGGCCCGUCCGACGACAACGCCAAGGCCUACGACACCAUCGUCGCGCCCACGGUGCCCAGCGUCCUCGCCGGCGGGAGCUGCACCUUCUUCGCGUACGGGCACUCGGGCAGCGGCAAGACGCACACCAUCAUGGGCUACGAACUCGAGGACGAGAAGUCGCUGGGCCUGUGCCUCGCGGCGGCGCGGCGGCUCUUUGACGCGCUGCGCCCGCUGAACGAGGACGCCGGCGGCGGUGCCGCGCAGUUGGGCGUCGGGUUCAGCCUGUUUGAGCUGCGCAGGAAGUCGGCCUUUGACCUGCUCAACCGGCGCACCGAGUGCUUCAUCCGCGAAGGGCCCGACGGCAAGACGCACAUACGCGGCGAGACCGAGGUGCUCGAGGGCGGCAAGGUGCGCGUCCAGCCGAUCGUCAAGCGGCCGUGCUGGACCUUUGAAGCUCUGCGCGAGGAGCUGGUCCGGGCGCUCGGCCACCGCGCCGUGGGCUCGUCGAGCGUGCACGAUCAGAGCUCGAGGACGCACGCGGUGCUCGAGCUCGAAAUCGUUAACAGCCCGCUAGUAGAGGCGCGGCAGGCGCUGGCCGAGAGACAGUCUGAGCUCGUGCCUGUGGGAAAGCGAGCCACUGAUAUUAGCAUCGAGGAGUCUAUGAAGGGGGUCAUCAAGACGGAUGAUGGCAAAUGGGCGCCUAAUCCAGACUACCAGAUCAACCAGGCGCUCAUCGAUGAGGCCGAUGCCGAGAAGGCCAAGUUUGAGGCUCGGGUCACCGCUGCGGAAGAACAUAUUGAGAGCAUUCUCAGCUCGGCUAGUUCACCUUGCUUGGGCGCCAAGAUGGUCUUCGUCGACCUCGCUGGCGCCGAGUACCAUCAAGAGAAGGGGAGCCAAAUACAGACUUUCAAGCAGACGCCCCAGGAGCGCCAGGAAGGCCGGCAGAUCAACACGGACCUGCUCGCCCUCAAAGAGGUGAUCCGCGCGUGGUCCACGAACCAGCCCCGAAUCCCCUUCCGCUCGUCGGCCCUGACAAUGGUGUUGCGGGAGCACUUCAUGAACUCGGCAAAGGGGAGCUCUGCCAUGAUUGUCACUGUGUCACCGGCCAGGGAACAGUACGCUGCGACUUUGAACUCGCUCAAGUAUGGAAGCCUGGUAGGAGCGGUCGGAGCCUGA